AUGGAACAGUUUAAAAAAGAAUUCAUAAAAGAAGAAAGGGGCCGCAAUGAUUUAUCAACCAAAAUUUACCACAGGAAUGAGUUAACUAUUCAUAAACUGAAAAGGACAAAAAUUCCAGUUACUUCGAUUAAAAGACAAAAAGAAAUCAACAUAGAUAGUCUUCUACAAAAGCAUUUAAAUAAUAAGGCGGUGAAUCAUACAGUGAAAAGAAAAAAUAAAGUAAUUGACAAAAACGAAAUACAGCAAGAAAGUAGCAAAUAUAGUAAAAUAACAAUACAACCUGAUAUUGUUAAAAAUAAAACUAAGUCAGACCAAAGUAAUGUUUUAAAGAAAGCAGAAAUAGAAAGAAUAUAUAAAACUAGUCUUACACGACUUUAUAAGCCACAUACGAGAAAUUUAUAUUAUAAAUGUUCGGAAUGUUCGCGAGAAUCAAGCCGUAGAAGUAAUAUCAAAGAACAUUUAAAAUCUCACACUUUAGAAUCAGAUGUUGAAUGUCCCAUUUGCUUUAAAUUAUUGAGAUUUAAAUCUUAUCUAGUAAUGACUACGAUUAAAAGAAAAAAAGAAAUCAACGUCGACAGUCCUCCACAAAAGGUUUUUAAUUAUAAUGCGGUGAAUCGUACAGUGAAAAGAAAAACCAAAGUAAAUGAUAAAAAGAAAAAACAGAAAGAAGGUAGCAAGUAUAGUAAAAUACCAAAACAACCUAAUCUUGUUAAAAAUAAAACUGAAACAAACCGAAGUAACGUUUUGAAAAAAACAGAAAUAGAAAGAAUAUAUAAAACUAGUCUUACACCAUUAUAUAAACACGACAAUGGACUCGUAUAUUAUAAAUGUUCAGAAUGUUCAAAAGAACAAAACAACCUAUUUCUUAUGAGAGAACAUAUAAAAUCUCACACUUUAGAAUUAGAUAUUAAGUGUCCCAUUUGCUUUAAAUUAUUGAGAUAUAAGGGUUCCCUAGCUCAACAUUUAAAAACACAUUCUGUUAAAGAGUUCGAAUGCAAAGUUUGUUCAAAGUCGUUUGUAACAAAGGCACAACUUGAGAGACAUUUAAAGGUUCACUUAGAUCAAAGGGAUUUUAAAUGUUCUAUUUGUCCGAAGACAUUUAUGCAUAAGUAUAAUCUUCAGCUUCACUUAAAACAUCAUUCAGGAGUUAAGGACAUUUAUUGUGCAAUUUGUAAUCGAGCAUUUUUAUUAAAAGUGCAUCUUAAGCAACAUUUGAAAACACACAAUAAAAUUGAAGAAGAGUAUAAAUGUCCACAUUGUCCAAGGGUUUUUAAAUUGAAAUCACCUUACACAGGACAUGUUAGGUCUCAUCCUGACAAAAAUGGUUUUAAGUGUUCAAUUUGUUCAAAAUCUUUUCCAUUAAGGCGAAAUUUAAGCGUACAUAUGAGACUUCAUCGCGAUAAAAAAAAAGUAUAUUGUUUUCAUUGUUUAAAAGGAUUCAAGGAGAAAAGGCGUCUCAUUGUUCAUUUUGCAACACAUAGUGAUGAACGAAAUUAUAAAUGUGAUAUUUGUUCGCUAUCGUUUAAAUUGAAAUGGCACCUUGUUGUUCACAAGCGCAAGAUUCAUGGUUCUACCAACUGCUGACUAAGAAGUUUUCUAUAAAAGCUGAAUAGUUUUUAACACAAUCGACAGAGAAAUGUUAUUAUAUUGGUGUAAAUAGGGUAUACACAUUUGGAAAUUUUUUAACGGAGCAUAAGGAUUUUAAUCCAAUUACUUAGAUUACCUGAUUUGCAAUUAACCAAUGUAAAUUUCAAUACAACGUCGCGAUGUUUUAUAAUUGAUAUGUUUAUCCCACUGGAUUGCUGCUCUUUCGCGAUUUGUAACAGCAUAUUUUUAAUAUUUAACAGUAUUGUUUCGUCUACCGAUUUUUCCUGAAUAGACUAAUCGGGAUCUGUAGAAAUUCAGACCAUAAUGGACAUUUUCCAUAGGAAGCUAUUUUUUUGCUGGAAUCCCUUCAGGAUGUGCCCAAUAUCGAUAAUCACGAUAUGUGCCAGUCGCAAACCCUGUGCUAAUUUUUUUAUUUAACAAAAUCUGAAAACAAUUGAAAAUUUCUCAGUUUUUGUUCCUAUUUUCGUUUAUAAUUCGGAA